AUGGCCGAAUGUAUCAGGUGCAGUCGCACUUUCAGCGACGCAAACGACUUAUUGUUCCAUGCUCUCGUGUCCGACAAUCAUCACCGCUGCCGCGACUGCGACGAGGACUACACCACGAAGGCCGAGCUCCGGCAGCACUUCGUGGAUAGCCCCAAGCAUUUCUACUGCUUCCGGUGCAACCUCCAUCUCGCGACGCAGAUUGCGUUGGUCAAGCACAAUGGCUGGACUCACCGGCGUCGCCCGCGCGUCGUUGCCCACUCCGGGUCCACAUCCCCCACAUCCACUCUGUCCGUGUCAUCCACUAUAUCUACUUUAUCCGUCUCAUCCUCACCCGAGGCCAAAGAACAGGAGAAAACGAAGUUCACCGACCGCUACUGCGUGCCGUGCAAGAGGGCGUUCAUGAGCCCAGGCAACCUCCGAAGCCACCAGCGGUCGCACAUCCACCAAGGGCGACGCAUCCCGUGCCCGUUCUCAGGGUGCGGGAAGCGCUUCGUCUCGACGGCUGCCGUGUUCAUCCACCUCGAGUCCGGCACCUGCGCAUCAGGCAUGACGCUCGACAAGCUCGUCCGGCUUGUUGCCCGCGUCGACCACGAGCACAUCCUUACCAUCCCCGACCGACUUGCCAACGUCACCACCAACGCCAACAUUCACACCAACACUAACAAACCGUUCCCCUCGUCGUCGACAACAGGUGUCAGUAUGAGAGGUAGAGUGAGGUACGUCCGAGACGGCGCGCUUUACAGGUGCAGCGCAUGCGGCAAGGCCUUCAGGACGUACCUCGCGUUCACCAGACACGCCGGGAGCGCAGCGCACGCUGCGCAGGUCUUCCGGUGCCCGCUCGCUCACGGCUGCGGUGCGGAGUUCCGUACGUUCAGCGGGCUCUGCCAGCAUGUCGAGAGCGAGCGGUGCCGGGUGCGCGGUCUCAGGGAUAUGGUCGACAAGGUCAUAAGGUCGGUUCUGAACAAAGUUAAGGGGAUGACGGCGCGGUGA